AUGCCAGACGAGGUGGUGUACCAGGUGUUCAACUAUGCGGAGGACAGCUUCCUGCGCGUGCCGGUCGGGUUGGGACAGGCUGGCGCCGGCCGGAACGACACCUGCGAGGGCGUCUGCCGGUGGAUCUGCCAGAAGCUGAAAAUACGGCCACUCGUGUUUUCCCUGGUGGGCCUGCGCCUACACGGUGAACGAUGGUUUGUCGCCGGCAGUUCGCGGCCAUCGACGGACAAAAAGUAUGAUUUUCGCGUCCGUUUCAAGGUACCGGAUCUCUCGUCUCUCAAAACGCUGGACCUACCGCUGUUCAACUACUACUACAGCCAGUUGCGAUGCGACCUGCUGCAGAACCGGAUACCGGAGAUCGAUUACCGGAAGUACAAGAAUAAAAUCCUCGGCUAUGUUGUGAACGACAUGUACCGGAAGAUGAUCGAGGACAAUGUUAGCUUGAACGAGCUGCGGCGCGACUUCGAGAAGUACAUCCCGCGCAAGAUCAGCCGCGAGCAUCAGGUGUGCUUUUUCAAUGUGGCCCAGAAACGAAUCUUUGAAUCGCUCAGCUUGAUCCGCAAUAAGGAUCACGACGUAAACUAUGUUAAGAACGUGUACAUUAACGACAUCGACAACAUAGCCCCGGGCUACCUAUACGAGGAGUAUAGUGGUGACAUACGAUACCCGAAGGGCGAAUUUACGUCGCGUACGGGAAAAUGUCCAGUAAAGUUGCGCUUCCAACCGUACGGCACUGUUUCGUCCCGGGAGCCAGCGAAGUACGACUCGAACGGACUCGGACACCACGAGGGUAGUGCCCUAGUGGAAGCCGACGACGCCCUUGCCAGUCCGGGACUGAAAGUAUUCUACUCCUGCAAGUGGCAGCAUGUGACGAACAUAGACGAGAUUCUGACAAUUCUGGUGGAAAACUUGACGGUCAAGCUGGCACUAGAAGACCAACCCGAACCCUACUGUAUAGACUUUCACGAUCAGACUGAACUGAACUCUUUUGUAACUUGCUUGGCCGGUUAUUAUAGGUUAAUGUGCAAAUGGACUGUGUAUUUAUGUCAGGAUUAUCUAUCCUCGCCAUCGCUGGAUUGGUUAAAGGAGCUCAAAUGUCACGGGCCAAUCGGCGGCAAAUAUUCUACGGAUAAAAUUCGGGUAAAAAACAGUAGUCUCGGUGCUUGUGUCAUACGGCAGUGCGAGGACCAUUACGAUACAUACUUUGCCGAUAUGCUCGAGGAAGCAGAAGUGAUUAAAACGUACAAACUGACCUACACCGACGACGGGCAGUGGAACGUCCAGCGUGGGAAAGAAACCGUCUACGAGUGCAGCUGUCUACCGGAAGCGCUCAAGAGUUUAAACCCCGAUAUUGCGAGCGUUUACCGAUUGCCACCCUCGGACAAUGACACCGCCCCGAAAUUGCUGCUCUGUCGCCCGACAGCCAAAACGUCCCCGAAGCGGCUACUUCGCGGUAGUACACAGGAUCUGGGUCAAAAGCGGGCGUGCAUCAUCAACGCGUCGAAGGAGUUGGUGAUCAAUCGAAAUGCCCUGGAAGACGAAAGCGAUGGUUUCACGCAACGAACGCGAGCCGAUUUUCUUCUUCCCAGUAACAGUAAAAUUGAAGUUAGUCUGAAGCUGCUAAAAAGCGACAGAGAGGGCGAACAUCUGAAGGACUUUCUGCAGAUCGCUGGCCAGUGGGCAACGAUCGAUUCAAUCGAUAUCAUCAAACUGUACGGUAUGACACUCUGCAAACCGAUCACGAUGGUGCUCGAGUACGGUCGGUACGGACGGUUAGACGAGUUUUUGCGCUCCCGGCGCCUACGGCCGACGGCCCUGAUCGAGGUGGGACACUCGCUAGCCCGUGCGAUCUACUAUCUUCAAAAGCACGGUAUCCAUCACGGUAACAUUCGCUGCUCGUCGAUGCUAGUCACGCAGUUCGAUGCGGACGAUCAGCGAAUUGUAGCGAAACUGAGCGACCCGGGCAUGCACGGACAACGGCGCCUCACGAAGCACGAUCUACUUUGGCUACCGUACGAGUAUCAGGAUCUGAGCGAUGAAAGCGUUGCUAAACUGCGCCAGGAUCCGCUGGUCGAUGUUUGGGCCUGCAUAUCUACGCUCUGGGAAAUCUUUAGCCGAGGCAGAAAGAUGCACGUUUAUAAGCCGGUCGAGUUUUUACCGACUCGCAUGUGGCUCCAAACGAUGGUAGGCGAACUGCGGGACUGCAAACAGAUCUGCGAGUGUUUGACGUUCGGCUGGCAUACCGAUCCGGACAAGCGCCUCGCGCCGCAAAUGAUCGUGGGGUUGCUGGUGCACGCACGGCAACUGGACAGCUACUGCACGGUCGGGAACGGUCACGCGAACGGCGCGCACUCGGGCGGUGGCCCCAACAUGCUGAAUGGAUCGUUCUUCAAAAGCAGUAUCCUGUCAAUGGAAACCAAUUCCACACUAGUACGCACCGAUUGCACGUCGUCUUCUUACGUAAGCAACGGCAGCGAUAGUGAGUUGCGUAGCAAUGCAUCCAGCGGUAGUAGCUCAAUGCCGCUCAUCUCGAACCGCGCUAACCACUUCAGUGGGGACUCGUACCUGGAGAAAACGUUCUACGACUGUCCGGACUACAUACAACACGGUGGGGCGCGUAUCUUUUUUCACGAAACCCUCGGCGAGGGCAACUACGGACGGGUGUACCGUGGCACGCUCGAAGAGGGAAAUACGUCGAUGGUGGUAGCACUGAAAACGAUACACGACGACCGGCCGGAUAUGGGGCGCGUGCGAGACGAUUUUAUCCGCGAGGUGGACAUUAUGAAGAGUCUGCGGCACCGGAACAUCGUGCACUUCAUUCGCUUCAUCGAUGAUCACGACAAGCUGGUGGUGGUGAUGGAGUACGUGGCACAAGGAUCACUACUUUCGUUCCUCGGCUACCAGCGCCACAAUCUCGAGGAGCUCGAUCUGCUGCGUAUGGCGCGCGAUAUUGCGAACGGCAUGCACUAUCUGUUUGAGAAGAAGAUCGUGCACCGCGAUCUAGCGACACGCAACAUUCUAGUCGAAAGUGUCGAUUGCGUAAAAAUUUCCGACUUUGGACUGGCGCAGGUUACGGAGGGCGGCAACUACUAUGUGGUUCGCCACAAGCGCGAGCUGCCACUGCGAUGGUACGCACCAGAGACUCUCGAAACUCAAAAGUAUUCCUUCCAAUCGGACGUUUGGUCGUACGGUGUGACCCUUUACGAGAUGUUCACGUACGGUGGCAAUCCGUACUCCAAUGUAGACAUCCAAACCGCGGAACAGUUGUAUCAACUGUUACAAAAGGAGAAAAAAAUAUUACAGCUUCCGGAAGUAUUUUCCUACGUGUACGAUAAGCUAAUGGAGCCGUGCUUCAAGCGCAACCCACACGAACGGCCGUCAUUUCAGGAUCUAAUGACGCAGCUUGAUGAAAUGAUUGGUCAGUACGGUGAGCUGCUUUAGUGUGGUGUUGUUACUGCAAAAAUACCAAACAUAUGAAAAGGAGAGGCCAAGGAUUUUAAAGAAAAGGUUGUGGUUCUAUGACGUUACGACACGCCGGUCGCUCACAUGGGCAGAUUCUGCAAAUAUCUCUUUCGGAUUGAAAGGAACAAAGUCUUAUAAAGAGCCUGCAAGUAGUCCAUGCUCCAAAGAGGGGGUCCUAAACGCGUGUGUAAUGGGUGAGUUAAAUCACCUCGUCCCUGACGAAACUAAUCUAAAAUAGAUCGAAAUGUAUGUACCGUGAUUGCAUAGACGUGGCUUAUUUAGAGCAUCGGAAAAAAAACGAAACGAUCACAGAGAAACCUAACGACAGAGUGGUGAGAAAAUCUAUUUCUCCCCAAAUGUGCUAUUUUAUUUAGAAAGGCCUAGGGAAGAAACUUUGAACGAACAGGAAGUGAGCAACGUUUGAAAUUUGCAGAAAACGAACACGUGCCAGUCCUGCAUUCAGCUGCGUCAACCACCGUAACGCACGCUCGUUGUUGGUAAAUCGGUGCCAGUACCUUAUUUCCUGAGUCAAUUUUACUAGCUACCUACGACCAAUUUCUACCCUUCGGCUCUUCAUCUAGCCUUUUUUAACCUGUAUCGAGCACUGAUAGAAAGAGCUUUGUUAAUCGAUAACUGUUUACUGUUGAAAACUUGAGAGCGUAGACUAAUGUACGGCACUCGCUUUGAGCAGCCCAAAGGUUUCGAAACAUUGGACAGUGAGAGUAAGACAUAGGGUGCAUGGAAGGAUUUCCACCAUAGAUUCUGAUAAAGACCAAAGUUUCGUUCACUUAUCAUGGCGUUGCUCCAUCUCUUCUUUUCACACUACGCCCUACUCACUUCUGGAGUGGAACUUUCGGCUUAAAGAACACUAAACGUACAGAGGAAAAACAUAGAUCAAUUUCUCAAAGUGCCACUUAAAACUGCAACCUGAAGACAAAAAGACAGGGUAGGAGAAACAGACGUAGUUUAAAAGGAAUGGUAGUAAAAAUGGUUUAAACCAUCGACGAAACGAAACGACACACACUCCUUGUCGAGCAUAGCCAAAUGACAGGCACCAAUGAACGCACGGAGCGUGAAUUUUGUGGGCGAAUUCUAAUUACUUCCACGGGUCAUAUCGGAGGUUUCACUGAUAAAAUAAUUAAGCAUGCGAAUUCCGAAUUAUCUAUUAACCGCGUAGAUCGCCCAAGUUGUGCCGUACCGUGUGCCAGUAACAAAAAAAAGCACUACAGUGUACCGCACCUAGUUAUGUACUAAGAGAACAAACACGAAAUGGCCGCCGAUAAGGAAAGUAAUCUCACAUUUAUGUGAAACAAACUGACCAAUGCGAACGAGGUACGAACAAAACAAAAAAUAGAGUCUUCAUAAGAACCGCCGUGCUUUGUUUAGUAUCCCAUAUAUCAGAUAGAAUAUCGUUUAGUUAAAUAGUGUUUAGCGUGACAAAAAUACUUAAGAGCGUCGUCGUUGUCCAGUCUGUUCACAGUAAUCCAUAAAAAAUGGCGGCGUUAGAAUUGAUGUGUAAAUCGGUUUCUACAUGGCUGAAUAAUGGGGUCGAGUUCACGUCGAGAGCUUUCGAUAUCUUCUGAUCCACCCUUUGUGCAACUCUUGUAAUGAACGGAGGCAACCGAGGAUGACAAAGUCUGGAAACUGGUGCAAACUAUUGAAUGGGAAGCAUAGCCGCGUUCAAGGUUAGUAAGAAGGUUUUGCUCUGUUUUGUGUUUUCUUGUGGCAUUUUAAAGACGAUGUAUAGGUUGAUAUUAAUUGCUAUUGCUUUUGCUGCUUAAAGUAUGAGCCCCACUCGGUUAAGUUAAGUAUUAAGUUUGGAAAAGAAAAGGGCUGCAUUUGGAAGUUUUAGUCAGUAGUCAUGUUUAUUACGGAAGGGAUUUCAACGUUUUAUUCCCACCUUCGCAAUGCGCGGUUGUGUUAGAAGCCUUAUGAAUUUGCACCAGCCUGAAUUUAGAUAGACGCAAAGAAUGUUGAUGAAAGGUUAGUUAGAAAUCGAGGAGAUCAGUCCUAGAGAGAGAAGAGCUUUAGCUGAGUGCUGUGUGGACGUACGAUGCAACGUUUUAUAGCAACUAUCGAUCACCUUUUAUUAGGACUCUGUUAUACUUUGCAUUCAGCAAAACUUGCUACGUUUCGUCACUUUACUACACUAUGUAUAGACAGUUCGUUUUGGGACCGAAAGAGCUUUUGGUUGCCCUGGAGAAGUAACCAUUUUUAUCUGUCGCAUAUAUUAUGUAAGAAGAUACGACAAAAAGACUAGUAUAACGAGACAAUGAAAUAAAACACAUGUAUUCUUGCGGAGGCACACGAAACACAAACAUGUAGAAAAAGAACUGCGCAAACAAGAGCAGACACUCGAAUAAGAAUUCAUACAAGCUCCAUUAAUUCAAUCGAUUCAAUUGAUCUUCGACUUCCUGAACGUCGUGUGCGUAUGUGUUUAUUUAUCAAAACUGCAAGAAGAUCCUGUUCCUGGGGAACUGGCACCAAAAGGAAAACGGAAUCCCACUAUCAUGCUUUUCGCGGGUCGUACAAAAAUAAAAAAACGUAACAAUUGUGAUGAUGCGAAGAAAUCGAAGCCAUGUGCGGACUACGUGGUACUGGUGUUGCAAAAAUACUAUACCAUACUUUGGGUACUUAUGUACGAAAGAAGAAAUGUUAGAAGAAAGAUAUAUCAGAUCAGUUGUCCCUUUGUAAUGUUUUAGGAUCCAGAGGUACAGGGAACCGAGAAGAUAAAACAUACAUGAACUCACAAAACCUACAAAAAGUCGUUUUAACUAUGCGAAAGAGUAUUCUUCUUAUAAAGAUUGAGCAAAACUUGAGUGUUUAUCGGUGUUCACAGUAAUGGUAG